AACCAGACAGCACUAGAAUGGCGAGCCGAAAGAGUACCAAGCGUACCAUCAGCCACGAUGAGGACGAAUUCGACUUGAGUGGCAGUCGCAGAACCAGUCGUCGCACGUCAGAUGAAUCUGCAGGCACAUCCACGGUCGUUCAGCCGGCUGCGCUGGACAAGAUUAUUCAUGCGGCGUCGAAAACCACAGCUACUGCUGCAACCGGGCGACGCCGGCCAGCUCCAGCGGAUGACAAUGAUACACGAGAUGCACCUGCCGUUGUGGAUCCGCCGCACAAGAAGGCGCAAUUGUUCAAAAAGCCCACAGCGCCGAUGCUCGAGCUGCUUGAGCCUCGAUCGCACGACACGAGCUUUGAUUCGCCUUCCGUUGCGCCGCAAAGUGCCCGUCGAUCGAGCUUUGUGAAUGGUCGCACUCCCCGAAAAAUGCUGAACGCCCCAGCUCCAAUGCAGGUCCCGUCGGGUGCUCAGCCCACCACAAGCGCUGCAGGAACCUCAGGCACCGCAAGCACAGCAAGCAAAGUAUCAACGCCUGGCUUUGACAGGCCGCUGUUUGAGCCCAUCAGCGCCCUUCCGAAUCUUGCCGAGGAUAUUCCCACCUCCAUGUCGAGCGAAGAGCGAUUUGACCAGCUUCUCACAGAAAGUCUUCGAUACGGCCUGCGUGCUCUUGACGACGGCGAAGCGAACACGGCACAGCUUUCUCGGUCUGAAUUGCAGGACUUUGCAGAGGCACACCACCGAGAAUGGCUCAACGACAAACACACAAUGGCUUUGCAAGCUGAAGCGCGGCUUGCACCCGUGCUCAAACCUUGUGCAGAGAAUGAAUCGUUGCGCGAGCAGAUUGGGCUGUUCCAAGAAGGUCUUGAGCGACUGAUUCAAGAGGAGUCGUUCUGGAAGCAAGCCAUGGAAAGUCCGUUCACCAUGUCACCACUCGAGUCUGUGCCGCUUGUGCUUUCAGAAAGCGAUAGUGCACAUCUUGCACGUCGCCAGGAAGUCGCCCAACUUCGAGCACAAAUUCAACAAAGCGAGGAAAUGUUGGCUCUGCAGUUGUGCCAAUUCAACCGAGCGGUGCGCAUCCUGCAAGAUGCUCAAUCCCGCAACCACCAGCUUUGCGACGAAAUCACCCACGAUGUCGUUCAACGAACGUUUGCCGGAAUCCCGCACGUUGACGACGCGCGCUCGCUCAUCCGAAACGUGCUUGCGCCCAUGGCCGUCUAAAAAAAAAAACCCCGACACCCACCCAAUCUGAAAAUAGUGCUGUUUCGUUUCAUUGUAUGUGUCUUGUAC